GAUUUGAGCGGACUGCUGUUAUUUGUGUGGCGAUACUACCCCCUCCGAUUGUCGAGGAACUCCACUGAUAAUCGUUUAUUUCACCAGGAAAAUGGUCAGUAUGAACGAAGGGAUGCUCCACAACAUAAUGGCGGGAUCUAAUAAUAUAAACAGCUCACAGAGGAGACGGUCGCCGCGUCUGAGUUCAGCUCCUCAGGCUCACGUUAAAACUGACAACGAAAUGGCGCUGACCUCGGUUGCUGUUAAACGCUCCAUCACUGUGAGGAAAAUAGCACCCAGAAAAACAGUGGCACCGUCGGAGCACAAUAAGGAGAACACGCCGAGACGGGCGGUGUCAGAAAGCAGCCAGCAGAAGAAUCCGCAGGGCUCCUCCUCGGCCAAGAAGAAGAAGAAGAAGAAGGCCGCUAUUCUGUCACCGAUCCUCCCUUCCUCACCGCCGGCCCGGCCUCACUCCCAACAGCCGGCAGCGGAUCCAGAGGACGCGGUGUGGUCGCAGAAGGUGCGCCGCUCCUACAGCAGGCUCAGCGACAAGUCCUUCAGCAGCCCGGACUCCCGGGAUAACCUGUUCGGCUUUGAGAAGAUGAACACACCCGAGGUGGGCCCGAGAGUCCUGCGAUCCAAGACGGGUCUCGGGGUUUCUUGUGGAUCCCUGUCUGGUCUGAACUCAUUCACGUCUUUGCUUGAGGCGGAAAACUGUGGUUCUGCUUUCCCCGAGACGGACCUAAACAUCCCCGGAGUGGUUAUGGUGAAGGAGAAGAGGAGCAGGAGGAAGAAGGUCCAGCAGAUCGGCACCACAGAGCUGGACGCACUGGCCGCCCAGAUGAACGCAGAGUUUGAGGAGGCGGAGGACUUUGAGUUGCUCGUGGAGUAAAUAAUGUGAAUGAAAGACUGAAGGAAUCUCUGACAGCAUGUCGUUUGUGUCUCUGACAUGCUGGAAAACACUGACUCUGGAAGGACAACACGCAUCUGUGUGCCUCCAACUCAAAACACUCACGUGUCUGUAUAUUUCCUGCUCUAGAUAUUGUACAUUUUGAUGCUUUGAAGUUUCGUAUGUUUGGUUGUUCAUUUAAAGGUUCUUUAUGUGGUUGUUUGGGACAGUAUUAUGUAGACGAGUAAAACCUAAAGCAUGUUCUUUGUUUUUGGUCAUUAUUGACACAUUAUACAGUUUGUUUACUGUGAUCAAAUAUAUUAUGUUUGUCAUAUUUGUCCAAAUUGGAAAAACAAAAUUGAAUUUAGCAAGUAUGUUUCCAAAUGGGCUCUGACUGUUUCAAUAGAUUGUUCCGUCUCAAACUGGGAGAUUGGGCACACGAUACAUAGAGGGAAAUUAUUUGGCAGUUUAAUCGAGAUCAUAAUCACAUGUGGAAGCUGGAGUUUGUAAACUUUGAAACAUUAUUUGCAGGAUAUCGGGAGACAAAAUAAAUAGGCUGACUUGGCAUUUUGUAUAUUUAUAUCACUGGAGACCACAGAGAUGUAGGCAGCAGUUCAGUGCUCUGUAACCAGGAUACUACCUGUUGUAUAAUGUUUUAUGUGUACAUUUAGUAUUUCAGAGUAAGACUAAGACAUCAUUGUUGUACACCUAUCUUUUUAUGCUUCACCUGUCUAUGAUUA